AUGGAGUAUAUUGAGGCGGAGACCCAGGAGGGUGAGCACAAGGACCAGAAAACAGAACAAUUGGUGAAUGAGCUGGAAGAACAGGUCGAGAAGGUGUACAACAACAUAGAAACCCAGACUGUUUCUGGCUGGAACACGUUUAGUGGGUUCUUUAGCAGUGUGCAAAAGAAACUGCCAGACUAUCUCACCGAAACAAAGGAACUUGCCAAGAACAUUGAUUUACAGAAGACGUUGAACUCGACGCGGGAGAAUUUCGAAAAGAACCUGAGCAAUUUGCAGAACAAGUUUAGCGAAGAGGAAUUAAAGGAGAUCAGAGAGAAUUCAAGCAAAUUGCUCCAGAAUCUGAACGAGAACACAAACAAGUACUUGGAUGAUUUGGACCAGGAUCUGGAGAAGAUCGAAAAUGUCACUUUGGGAUACGCCUCGAAGCUGGGCAGUUUGCUUGCGUCGAAAACAGGACUCAAUCUUGGCGGUGAGAGCGAGGUUUCUGGCGACAAGAAGGACGAGGUUCUUUUCAACAUGCCCCAGAACGUGGCCACGAACCGGCUCGAGGCCCAAUUGCACGAAUUGGAGAACAACAAAGAUCUAUAUCUGUCCAAUGCCAAAGAUGAGACUGUGCAGAACUACACCCUGAGUCCAGAAGAGGAGACUGAGAAGACCGCGCUGGCUAACAAGGAAAACAUCAAGACUCUGUACGAGCAGCUUGUUCCAGGCGACAUCGAGGGCUCUCUAUUCUGGAAGAUCUUUUUCUCUACCAAGUCCAAGAUCUUGGAAGAGGAGAAGAAACGCAAAGAAAUGCUCGAGAAGAAACCGGCCGAUGACGACGAGGAAGAUUUCGACUGGGACGACGAUGACGACGAAGAGAAAAAAGAUGAGUCUGAGAAAAACUAA